AUGAAGGCUGAUGAGCCCAUUAUCUUCAGUAAAUUACUCUUCUGCAUCCAAGAGAUCAACACUGACGAAGAACUUGUAGCAUCGUCAAAGGAAGAACCGAUUUGUCUCCAACGGGGUACAUAUUACCCAUGCGUAAUUACCAACUGCCAGCAUGUCGACGGCCUCGCGCUGGCCUGCCACUCAACUUGUGCAGCAGAGGGUCUGCCGUCUUCGAAAACCUUGGAGGUGACCACCUGGGACCCAGGGUUUGAGUUACCAAUUGCACAAUCGGCUGAUCUCAAGCGCCAUCUAGCAUCUAAAAGGGCCUCAAGGCGCGACCUGGUGCGUUCAACUUUACAAGCAAAAGAGAAGAUGAUCGAGGCUUCAAGCAGUCAAGUGAAAACCUCAUCACGUAUAUGGGCAACGUACGUGAAACUACACGGCGAGACGUAUGUCUCAGCGCUGAGCAAUAAUCAUGGGGAUGACCUUGUUUACGAUCCGGGAUCGAAAGCAAUAGAAGAUAUUAUUUACGUUAGACGAGGCCCCUUGGGCGUGAAGAGGAUUGUCGUCGCGUGCUCAACAGAGACUCUGGAGAUGGAGAAUCAUCCACUGGACUGGUGGCAGGUCCUGCCGCUGGUUGAAGACUCUGUACUCCAUUUCGAGUUUGAUGGACUCAAACUCCGCAAUAUUCAAGAAGCCGAACGAGGGAUUUGUCGACCGGCAUUAUGGUCAGCCCCGUUCUGUCGAAAAGAUCUCAUCCGUUUCAUUGUGACACACUCAUCGAAGCCAUCUAGAUUUAAUCGCGUCAAGAUCAAUGACCCUGAAACGACAGGAUACUCGGUAGCGUGGAACCCCUUUCAACUAGCGCUCAAGAUUGUGAGGCAUACAGCCGCGGAUGAUUUGUCGUGCUACGCCGAACUGCCUCAAGACAUGACGACAUGGCUGCACUUCCCUAUGGGCCGCGGCGAAUUCCUUCAGGAGAUUUGGCGUCGAGAGCACACACACUGUUGCCGAACAGAGAUUGAUUUGGUGCUGGUGACUACAGCUGGUCGCGUGCAUGUGUUAGGGAAGCACCCAAUACCAGGCCAUACAUAUGUCCAUACACGCAUUACUGCACUUCGAAGGGAGCCGGAUUAUAUCUACAUUGAUGAUUCGGCUGGGAUACUCGAGCUGGCUCUCAACCCAGCACCACCGGAAAUUGAAGACCCGUUUGGCAGCCUGAAUUUGCCGGUCUCGACGUCCCAGUACCCGAAAGGCACUUCUGCCGAGAGCUACUUUUACACGUCUGCAUCUCUCGAUGACCUGGAUUUCUUGGAGCCGUGUAAUGUCAAUGGCGUCACCACCGGCGUGCUUUUGCACUAUUGCGACGGAUCACGAGCAGUCGUAGGGCAAGUCAGGCUGGACAGACUGAGCAAUAAGCAGCAUGUGCCCCGCGAUGCAACGAUCCGAUUUGUUAUCACUCGGAACAUAGCCCAAUGCCCGAAAGUCCGCGGCGUUUUGGUCUUGACGGCUGAUAUGCAUGAGCAGAUUCCUCCCGUGAACGACGGGUUGGAGUUGGAGGUUGCUUGUCAGGGUAGGUUAGAGUGGUGGUAUACUUUGAGGCAGUGCCAGCUUGCGUACGAGGGACGGGCUAGUGCAUCGGUAGUAUAGCAGCGUUUGAAGAGUAUGGGGUGCUUGCGCUGUCA